AUGGCAGACGCUCAGGCUGCUCCCAACUCGACGAGCGCGCGUCCUCAUUCUUCUCCUCCCUCUACACCUUCCACCUCGCUCGCUCAGCCGACCCUGAGCUCCCACGACCUACCAGCGACAUCCUCCACCUCCCUGUCGCUGUGCACCCCCGUAGUCGACGAUUCCAUGUCGGUCAUACCGGUCGCUUCCACUUCGGCCUGGGCCAAUACACCGCUCGAACGUGCGCCGCCACCCAUCACCACUCGACCGAGAUCACGAUCCGCAUCCCUCGCUUCCUCGGCCGAACUCAAAAACCCCGACCCCAAAGAGGAAGACGAAGGUGGCUCAGUCGAUAUGGACCAAGGUAACGAAACGAGUGAUGGGGAUGGGGAUGGGGAGAACAAACCUACUGCCAAAGUAGAACCGGAGGAGGACACUGAAGAAGAAGAGGAGGUCAAGCCGAUGCGAAGGCCGGCCAAAAAGACGAAAAAGGUGCAGGUCGUGUCCGAACCUCAGUUGAUAAAGGAUUUACCCCUCGCGGAAGAUCAGGUACGUUACGUAGGCUACGCACGCUCAUGUAUGGUCCGAACGCCGCGCUCCGGUCUCGUCGUAUGACUCCGGAGAACUGACCCAUCACACGCUUCCUGUUCUCGUCGUAGGCCGGAAGGUCCUAUACCGAAAUUAGCGAUUGCACGUACGCCAACAAGUCGUUGGGCAAUCUCGCCUAUUUCGACGAAGAUUCGACCCGGUGCGAAUGCUCCUAUACGGCUGGUCAGUCCACGCACCAUAUCCCUCUCCACCACACUCACGUCCAUGAUGCUGAUGUUUCAGAACUCACCUUUUGUAAUGCUCAGGCUUCCCCGUUCUCGAGCAAGCCUGCGGUGAGGAAUCUCAAUGCGUCAAUCGGUUGAUGCAGAUCGAAUGCGUCGCGGGCGAUUGUCGGUGCGGUCAACGGUGUCAGAACCAAAGGUGCGUCUUUGAAUGAGGCAGUUCAGAGCGUUCUUUCCUUUUUCUCGGGGAAUUGGAUUUCCUUAUCUUGUUUGGCGUGAGUCACUAGAUUCCAAAAGAAGGAAUACGCCAAGAUCGAGAUCGUCAAAACGGAGAAGAAAGGUUUCGGCGUUCGUGCAACGCAGGACAUGACGGCGUGAGUGAUGGGAAAUGAUCAUGAAUCGGUCACGACGCGAUGAAGCUGAAACGCAUUUCUUCCACCAUAAAAGUGAUACGUUCGUGUACGAGUAUGUAGGCGAGGUCAUUGGGCCGACGGUGUUCGCCAAGAGGAUGAAGGACUAUGCGAAUGAGGGGGUGAAACAUUUCUACUUUAUGGCUCUUGAUAAGGACAUCGUAAGUCACUGGACAUCUUUCUUGGAGCGCACUUUUGUCAAUACUGACUCGACGGCCUCGAUUUCAGUUCAUCGACGCCACCAAAAAAGGCGGCAAAGGGCGCUUCCUGAAUCACUCGUGCAACCCCAACUGCUUCGUCGCGAAAUGGACCAUUGGCAAAAAGAUGCGCAUGGGAAUAUUCACCAAACGUUCCAUCAAGGCCAACGAGGAAUUGACGUUCAAUUACAACGUCGAUCGGUAUGGUCACGUCGCGCAGGAAUGUUAUUGUGGGGAACCGAAUUGCGUCGGCUUCAUUGGCGGAAAGACGCAGACGGAUAUUGGGGGGAUGGAUGAUUUGUACCUAGAUGGUCAGUACUCGGUUUCGUUUGGUCAUCUCGAUGGGUCUGUCUCUAGAGCUGAUGGUGACCACACUUGCCCGUACAGCUCUCGGUAUCGCCGAAGAAGUCGAAGCGCUCGGAUUACGUGGAACCAAGAAAAAGAAGGGCAAGAAACUCGACGAAGAUUUCCUCCCCCUUCUCCGCCCCAUCGACAUCGACGAAGUGCCCAAAGUAUCGGCCGCGGUCCGUCAAUCGAUUCAAACGCGACGGAUCCUCGAAAAGAUCUUGACCCGAAUCCAGAUGACCAACGACCCCGAAGUCCUUUCCGACCUUCUCCGCCUCCACGGCUUCAACCUGAUGACGCACAUCUUGAAAGAGUACCCUACGGACGAGAGGGUCAUCACUUUGGAUUUGGAGAUCUUGACCAAGUGGGAGUUGAAGACGAGGAACAAGGUCGAGUCGUCCAAGAUUGAACCGUGCGUCAAGGCGUGCCUUUUGGUCGAAAAUAAGAACAUUCAGACCCUCGCGCAAAACCUGCUCGAUUAUUGGGACUCGUUGGAGAUGGGUUACCGAAUACCGAGGGCUGUACGAACUGAAUCGACGACGAACGUCAAUGGCGGUGCGGAGGCGGAUCCCUCGGUUACGAAUGGUGGGCAAGGGGAUGGGGGUAAUUCGACGGCUUUGAACGAAAGGAAGCGGUAUCUAGGUGGGGAGUACUCGAUCGACCAAAUCGCCAAACGAGCACGAGCGGAAGAGGAAGCCAAAGCCUACGAUCUCGACACACCUCGAAGACCGGCAUGGGUCAAACCUUCCGCUACCGUGACGGUCGCUCCGACCCCUCCUCCUUCUUCUUCGACCCUUCCAAGAGGGUGGAAAAAGCAUAUCGACAAGAAUUCUGGGGAUCCGUAUUACGAGAAUACUUUGACGAGGGAGGUGCAGUGGACUUUACCGACGAAACAUCUCAUCGACCCCGCUCCAUCAUCCUCCUCCUCGACCUUUCAUCGUCCCUCGGCCGAGACGGUUCACACCCCCAUCACGACCAAGAUGAAAGCUAUCGACGUGAACGAAAUCAUCGCGCAAGUCCAAAGGGAAGCCGAAGCCGUUGCAGUACGAGAGGAGAAAGAACGCCUCAAACGCGAACUCGAACUCAAACAAGCCGAAUUGGAACAACUCAAGAUGCGGCCCUCGUCUUCCCUUUCGAGAUCGACGUCUUCUUCGAACGUCAAUGGACAUGGGUCGGCUAGUGCAAAGGAUAAGAAGGUGAUGGCUUUGUUCUCGGGUGUGGUUGUUCAGGUGAUGAGCAAGUACAAGGGGGCUUUGGAUCCGGAUCAAUUCAAGAAGCGCGCCAAGGAGGUAAGUGUCGUGCUAUCUGUACCCUCUCGGUACGUUGUCUCGGGUCACUGACCUGGCAUUUGCGUUCUAACAGGUCACCAUACUCCUUUGCGAAAAGGAGAAGAAGCACCCCUCGUACAACAAAGAACCGUACGACUCGCUCACCCCCGAAAAAAUGAGCAAAGUCAAAGCCUUCACCAAGGACUGGAUCAAGAAACUGAUCGAACGCAAACGCGCCCAAAACCCCAACGGCAGCGGUCGAUCCAAAUCGAGUUCCUCAACUCCAGGAGGAACGGGCGGCGCUUCGCCUAGUCUGGGUUUGGAUGGGACGUCUAGUCCUUCGACGCCUGUGACAGGAGCCAUGCCGACGGGUUUUGAUUCUCCGAACGAUAAGCCCUCACCUAGGAGUGCGGGAUACGUCCUGAGUCAUCUCGCGAGUCAUUCGAACAGUUCGCUCAACAGCCCGAAUCAACGACCGACUUUGAACCUGUCCAAAAUGACACCUUGA